CCCCCAACACCAAAUAACGUAUAGUGCCAUAAUAACUCUCUAUUUAGUCCUUGCCUUAUUUUCAUUAUCACAGCCAAACAUGCACUAGAUUGCUUCUACACUGCCACCCUAUGACGACCAAGGACGACUGUCCCCACCACCAUGAGCGGCGGAGGCUCUACCGCUGCGUCCUCAUCGGCCUCUCAUGCUUCAUAGUUCUGAUCCUACUCAUCAUCUUUCUCACCUGGCUCAUCCUCCGCCCCACCAAACCCAGCUUCAUUCUACAAGACGCCACCGUCUACGGCUUCAACGUCACCGGCCCGGGGUUGAUGGGCCCUAACGCGCUCACAACCGCCAUCCAGAUCACGGUAGCCGCGCGCAACCCGAACGAACGUGUCGGAAUCUUCUACGACCGCCUCGACGUAUUUGCCACCUACCGAGGCCAGCAAGUCACACUCCCCACCCUCCUUCCGGAGUCAUACCAAGGGCACAAAGACGUCACCGUUUGGUCGCCCUUCCUAAGCGGGAGCUCCGUCCCGGUUGCGCCUUAUCUGGCGGUGGAACUCGGCCAAGACCAGAACGCCGGGACGGUGCUGAUCCAUAUAAGGGUUGAUGGAAGAAUCAGGUGGAAAGUUGGGACGUUUGUGUCCGGGAGGUACCGUUUGUUUGCAAACUGUCCAGCUUAUUUGAGCUUUGGAGGACAAUAUAGUCCGGACAGUAUUUUAGUUGGAUCAACUUCCAAGUAUCAAUUGGUGCAAACCUGUCACGUUGAAGUUUGAAGUUUGACUUUUGACUUUUGACCAUACUUAAUUAAUUGGUUUUAAAAUUAUUAUUAGGUAGAUUCUAAAUCUAAAUUAAAAAUGAUGUAAUGAUUUGAACCAAUCAAGUGAGUGGUAGGUACGGUACCUCAUUUUUUAAAUGGGUACCGGAGUUGUUACCUUAUUAUUAUAUAUUGAUCGAGUACUUCAAUUCUUGCAUGCUUCUAUGUGACUUGUCCUAGUUAGAAUUUUAAAGUAAAUUCAUAUACUUCAUCCGUC